CUCAUGAGUUUAUCUUAUCAUUGGAAUUGGUUUGAGGAAAGUCAAAACAUUCCAAAUCAACCAUCUCAACUCAGCGCUCAAUCAAAAUCAAAUUAAUUCAAAUUGUAAUGGACUGAUAUUCAUCCUAUGGAUAUCAAUCACAUUCAACCAUCUACUUCUGAGCCUUUCAAUCGGGCUUCAACAACUUUUGCUAUCGGCUUCAAUAACCUCUCAGAAAAGGCGAUCGGAAAGAUGAAAGCUAAUAAUGAUUCAUCAUUACCUGAUACCCUCACCCAACAAACUGGCAGCGAUCUUAAGACACUCGAGCAAACCGAUUCAAAUGAUUUAACGUCUCUACCUUCAAACCACAAAAACCCAAGUCUAUUCGAGGGUGCGGGCAAGUAUCUAUUAUCAGGUGGAAUCGCCGGAAUGGUCUCACGGACUGCCACUGCUCCAUUUGAUCGGGUCAAGAUUUAUCUGAUCACUUCCGAAAAACCACUUUCAAUUCAACCUCACCCUUCACCUUCAUUCGCCACACUUUCCGGUUCACGUACAACGGUUGUCUUACCUGCUCAACAACCUAUCUAUCGUCUCAUCCCAAAUUCAUCAAACCUAUUGAUAGCCGUCAAAUUAAUUUAUCAGGAACCUGCCGGAGCUCGUCCUGGACCGGGUGGUCUCCGAAACUUUUUCGUCGGUAAUGGACUUAAUGUCCUCAAAAUCUUUCCCGAAUCAGCUAUCAAAUUUUUAACAUAUGAAUAUAUUAAGAUGGCGUUAGGUCAAGGCUGUUUGGGUAUGUCACCUGCUACUGACACUAAUGGAAAUCUGACCAACAGAGCAAGGUUCUUGGCUGGUGGAUUAGGUGGGGUAGUGAGUCAGUUUGCAAUCUAUCCUAUCGAAACUUUGAAAACACAGAUCAUGAGUAGUACCAUCAAUCACAACGUCAAGAGGUCAGCCUUACUGUUCCAAACCAUUCGACGACUCAACGCAAGUGGCGGGAUAAAGUCGUAUUACAAAGGCGUAGCUGCAGCGACAGUAGGCGUGUUCCCAUACUCUGAAUUGACAGCUGUGUUGACGAUUGAGAUCAUUCUUGAGCAGCAAUUGAUAUUCGCGAUUGGAGAGCCACCCGGUGUGCUAGGUACAUUAGCUUGUGGCGCGCUCAGUGGAGGGAUUGGAGCUUCUAGUGUUUAUCCAAUAAACCUUGUACGUACUCGACUACAAGCUCAAGGUACUUCAGCUCAUCCGGCUACAUAUCGAGGGAUAGGAGACUGCGUCGAGCGAACAUGGAGGAAGGAAGGAUUCCGAGGAUUCUAUAAAGGACUUGCACCUUCUCUCUUCAAAGUGAUGCCCGCUGUUAGUAUAAGUUGGUUGGUGUACGAAAGAACGAUUCUCAUGCUGGAUGGACUCUCAUAGAAAUCUAUAUGAGAAAACCUUGACUUCUUAUAAAUCUAUCUAAUGAUGAAGUGGAUAAUGAGGUUAAUGAGUUGAGAUUUUUUUAUUUCACAAGACCGGGUGUUUUUUGUACAUUGGGGGGCCAAUAUUGAAGUUACCAUUGUGUUUAUUUGUCAAUGUGUUGGUAAGUUCAAUCAGUAGAUCUAUCGACUUUCUUGACUGUUUUGUUAUCUCUUCUUUACGUACCUACAUAUAUACAUCUAUCUAUAUGCUAUUGGGACUUCUUUUCUCUUCACGAUGUUACUUAUACAAUCUAUCUAGAUUUCUUUGGCUGGUAUGUUAUCUUUUGGUUUAGAAAUGGUGUUAAUUAUUUAAUAGAAUUCUAGAGUAUGUAGUAAUAGUGGUCAAUACCUUUGGUUCUUCUUUUUGAACUUUGAAAACUUUGGAUCAUUC